GUUUUCUAACGCUCGUUUAGAUCCUUUCCCUCUCUUUCUUUCUUCUUCGUUUCUCCUAUUACUCUUCACUCUUUAUAUUCCAUUUGAUCCCUCUCCCUCUCCUCGAAUUUUCUCUCUCUCUAAACAUCUUUGAGACCUUCUUCAAGUUUAGAUACAUCUUUGAUCUGAUUCCACCACAGAUAUAAUAGCUCACACACAUCACAAUGGCUACAUAUAAGCCCAAGAACAUCCUCAUCACCGGAGCAGCAGGCUUCAUAGCCUCCCACGUCGCCAACCGUCUAGUCCGCACCUACCCUGACUACAAAAUCGUCGUCCUCGACAAACUAGACUACUGCUCCAACCUCAAAAACCUCAACCCUUCAAAAUCCUCACCCAACUUCAAGUUCGUCAAGGGAGACAUCGCCAGCGACGACCUCGUCAGCUACCUUCUCAUCACUGAAAACAUCGACACCAUCAUGCACUUUGCAGCUCAGACACACGUUGACAACUCCUUCGGUAACAGCUUUGAGUUCACCAAAAACAAUAUCUAUGGAACACAUGUGCUUUUGGAAGCUUGUAAAGUCACUGGACAGAUCAGGAGGUUUAUUCAUGUGAGUACUGAUGAGGUUUAUGGAGAGACUGAUGAGGAUGCUUCUGUUGGGAACCAUGAGGCUUCUCAGUUGCUUCCUACUAAUCCUUACUCUGCUACUAAAGCUGGUGCUGAGAUGCUUGUGAUGGCCUAUGGGAGAUCUUAUGGGUUGCCUGUUAUAACUACACGUGGGAAUAAUGUUUAUGGUCCUAACCAGUUUCCUGAGAAGUUGAUUCCUAAGUUUAUGUUGUUGGCUAUGAAUGGGAAGCCGCUUCCUAUUCAUGGGGAUGGGUCUAAUGUUAGGAGUUAUUUAUACUGUGAAGAUGUUGCUGAGGCUUUUGAGGUUGUUUUGCACAAAGGGGAAGUGAACCAUGUUUAUAAUAUUGGGACAACGAGGGAGAGGAGAGUGAUUGAUGUGGCUAAUGAUAUCUCAAAACUCUUUGGGACUGAUCCUGACUCUACUAUUCAGUUUGUGGAGAACCGGCCGUUUAAUGACCAGAGGUACUUUCUUGACGACCAGAAGCUGAAGAAGUUGGGAUGGUCUGAACGGACCACUUGGGAGGAAGGGCUGAAGAAGACAAUGGAGUGGUACACUGAGAAUCCUGAUUGGUGGGGAGAUGUUACUGGAGCUUUGUUGCCUCAUCCAAGGAUGCUGAUGAUGCCAGGUGAUAGACUCUGUGAUAACUGUGACGGCGAGCAAAAGGAUGCAGAUGGUAAUCAGACAUUCACUGUGGUUACUCCAACCAAAACUGGUGGUUCUGGAGACAACAAAACAUCCUUAAAGUUCCUUUUAUAUGGUAAGACUGGGUGGCUUGGUGGUCUUCUAGGGAAGCUAUGUGAGAAGCAAGGGAUUACAUAUGAGUAUGGGAAAGGGAGGUUAGAGGAUAGAGCUUCUCUCAUGGCGGAUAUUCGCAGUGUCAAACCUACUCAUGUCUUUAAUGCAGCUGGUGUAACCGGGAGACCUAAUGUUGACUGGUGUGAGUCACACAAAACCGAGACUAUCAGAGCCAAUGUUGCUGGUACUUUGACUCUAGCAGAUGUUUGCAGAGAGAAUGGUGUGUUGAUGAUGAACUUUGCCACUGGUUGUAUAUUUGAGUAUGAUGCUGCACACCCUGAAGGUUCAGGGAUUGGGUUUAAGGAAGAAGACAAACCCAACUUCACCGGUUCCUUCUACUCAAAAACAAAGGCUAUGGUGGAAGAGCUUCUAAGAGAAUAUGACAACGUAUGCACACUGAGAGUACGCAUGCCAAUCUCAUCCGACCUAAACAACCCACGAAACUUCAUCACAAAGAUCUCACGCUACAACAAAGUGGUCAACAUCCCAAACAGCAUGACCAUACUCGACGAGCUCUUACCAAUCUCAAUCGAGAUGGCUAAGAGAAACCUGAAGGGAGUAUGGAACUUCACCAAUCCAGGAGUGGUGAGCCACAACGAGAUACUAGAGAUGUACAAGAGCUACAUCGAACCGGGCUUCAAAUGGUCCAACUUCACUUUGGAGGAACAGGCUAAGGUCAUCGUGGCACCACGUAGCAACAACGAGAUGUGUGGUGCCAAGCUCAGCAAGGAGUUUCCUGAGAUGCUUUCCAUCAAGGACUCGUUGAUCAAAUACGUCUUCGAACCCAACAAGAGAACGUAAGACAACACAAAACAUACACUUCCUCUUUUUUUUUUCUCUUCAUUGCUAUAUUAUUAUACUGCAGGUAGCUUCACUAUAAUGAUUCUACUAUUUUUUUGAUUUGAUGUAACUCAUGUGAUUCAUGUACUCUAUUUUUUUGGAAUCUUGCUCCGAAACAUAUCUUUGUUAUUUACAUUAAUAUUAUUACAGAAAUGAUUUUAUUUGAGUUUCUU